AUGCUCACUCGUCAUACAUUCCAAGCGUUCCGGAAUAUUUAUGGUCCACCAAAGAAGUCUGUUGAACUUCCAAAGUACGAUCUUGUAAUAGUCGGAGGUGGAAUUGUGGGAUGUGCAACCGCCCGUCAACUUCUAAUCGAGAAGCCGAAUCUGAAAAUUGCGCUUAUCGAAAAAGAAAAAGAGUUGGCAGUUCAUCAAAGUGGGCAUAAUUCUGGAGUUAUUCAUGCUGGAAUUUAUUAUACUCCGGGUAGUUUGAAAGCCAAAUUAUGUGUCGAGGGGCUCGACUUGUCUUAUAAAUUUUUCGAUGAAGAGAAGAUUCCGUAUAAGAAGACUGGAAAAUUGAUUGUAGCCGUGGAACCUGAAGAAGUGCCGAGGCUAGAUGCAUUGUUCACGCGAGCGCAAACCAAUGGAUGUCGUGAUAUUGAAAUGAUUGAUCCGAAAAGAAUCACUGAAAUCGAGCCCCAUUGUAGAGGUCUGAAAGCUCUCUGGAGUCCUCAUACUGGAAUUGUUGACUGGGGAUACGUUACGAAGAAAUUUGGAGAAGACUUUGAAAAACGAGGAGGAAAGAUUUAUACCAGUUAUCCGUUAGAAAAGAUUGAAGAUAAUUUGAAGGAUUCAAACUACCCGAUUCGAGUUUCGAGUGAUCCAUCAUUUGCUGAGUUCGAAACUAAAAAUUUGAUAACUUGUGCUGGAUUGCAAUCGGAUCGAGUCGCAGCGCUAUCCGGUUGCUCAACGGACCCUAAAAUUGUACCAUUCCGAGGCGAAUAUCUUCUACUAAAACCCGAAAAACGGCAUCUUGUGAAAACAAAUAUCUACCCAGUGCCGGAUCCAAGAUUCCCAUUUCUUGGAGUUCAUUUCACACCAAGAAUGAACGGAGAUAUUUGGUUGGGUCCAAAUGCAGUUCUGGCUUAUAAACGCGAAGGAUAUUCGUACUUCAGUAUUUCUCCAAGUGAUUUAUUGGAAUCUCUGAGUUACAGUGGAAUGCAAAAGUUAGUGAAGAAACAUUUCACGUUUGGUAUCAAAGAGCUCUAUCGUGGAAUCUGGAUUGCUGCUCAAGUCAAACAAUUGCAGAGAUUUAUUCCAGAAUUGAAAUACAGUGAUGUUACCAGAGGCCCGUCUGGUGUACGUGCUCAAGCUAUGGACAGUGCCGGAAAUCUUGUCGAUGAUUUCGUUUUCGACAGUGGAACUGGAAAGCUAUCAUCUCUAAUCAUGCACGUCAGAAACGCUCCGUCACCUGCUGCCACGUCUUCUUUGGCAAUCGCCAAAAUGAUUACAUCGGAAGCUGUGAACCGAUUCAAACUUUGA